CGGCGGGGCUGUGGCUCCCAGCCCGUCCUGGACUCUUGGCCCUUGGAGCCCUAACGGGCGUCGGAAGCGGGGCGGUUCCUCCCAGGCCCGGUCGCGGCGCCCCUGCCCGGCACCAUGGACGCCCUGCCCGUCACCUCCGGGGAGCUGCUGUGCCUGGCCUCCAGCCUGGCCUUCUCCGGCCUCUUCUAUUACCUGUACAGGAAGAAGGCCAAAGCGCUGGCUCGGAUCCAGGAGGCCCCAAAGCUUCAGGUAGAUGAUGGUCUGCCUGACCUGCUAUCUGCCACCAGUGGCCAGUGUCUGCAUUAUGUUGCCUUAGAAGGGAUUGUCCUGCCAGCAAAAGCAGCUCUGUCCAGCCAGCACCAUGAGGAGCUGCAGGGAGUGAUCCAGAAACUAGUUCUGAAGGAGCAUCAACUGAUCUGGAACAGCCUCGCCCGGAGUUGGAAUGAAAGUGAGCGGGUGGUUUCGGAGCAGGUGUACACGGUGCCCUUUGCCCUGGCGUCCCCCAGUGCUGAGGCAGUGACACGGGUGAGUGUCGAGAGCCCUCUACGGGCUGUCCGGCUGCCCCUGGAGACUGUGUUUGAGCGCUUCCAGCACCCAACCCACGGCUUCAAAGACCUGAUCAGUCACUACCUGAGCGGGGAGAAGCCCAAGGGCCUGCUGGAGACAGAGGAGAUGCUGCGAGUGGGGGCAAGCCUGACUGGCAUCGGGGAGCUGGCCAUGCACCCAGAUGGGACCCUCCACCUGCAGCCCCCAGCUGAUGGGUCCAACUACUUCCUGCACCUGGGGGACUGGCAGACGCUGCUGGCGGAGAUGGAGUCAGUGAGCAGCUUCUGGAAGGGGGCGGCGGUGCUGUGCGGCUUGACAGGCGUGGCGGUGAUCCUGUACGCCCUCUGCCAGGCCUAUCAGCAGCGCCGGCAGAAGCAGGAGCAGGAGCAGCAGCGGCGGGAGUUCGAGGCCCUGUGGGGCAGCGGGAACACGGCGACUGAGUCUGGGGAGGAUGCGUCGGAGGACGCCUGCAUCAUCUGCCUGACACGGCCCCGCGAGUGCGUCCUGCUAUGCUGCGGCCAUGUCUGUUGCUGCUUCCGCUGCUACGAGGCUCUGCCUAGCCACACCUGUCCCAUCUGCAGGAGCCCCAUAGACAGGGUAGUGCCCCUCUACCAGGCCUGAGGGGGAGAAGGGGCUUCAAACGGUACCAGGGCAAGAGCAGUGAAGUCCCUGGCACUAGGCAGCACCACUGUGCCCAUAAAACCCCAGCAGCUUGGGGGGCAAUGUGUGAUCCACAAGGGGUUAACCCCAGCAGCUUAGGGAGCAGUGUGUGAUCCACAAGGGGUUAACCCCAGCAGCUUGGGGAGCAGUGUGCAAGCCACAAGUGACUUGGGAUGUGAGCUCACAACCAUAGGGUUGAGGGGGGGUGGUGCUGCAAGCACCGCCUCCUAGGCUGGGUUUGGGGGUGUGCUCAUGAUCCCCCCUCUUCGGUGCUGGUCACAUGGUGGUUGGAGUAUGUGGCCUGAAUUAGCAUCACUCAGCACGAAGCUCUUGCUGAGUUUCUCCCCCUCACCCAAGCCUCAUAGCGGGUCUGUUCCCAGCAGUCCCAGCUCUGC